CAUCUGGCAACCCGCACUACCUAACUACGAACAGCUGUUUUAUGUUUAUGUUCGAAAAUCAACAAAGCAGCGUGAUACGCCAACAAAAAUGGUGCGAAUUAAAAAUCGUUAUAUAGUUGUGCGUAUAGUGCCUCAAGCAGCUACGAAUGUAUUGAAAAUCGACGAUGCCGUGCUGGCUAAAUGCGUACUACAGAAUGUGAAAAAGUACUACGGUGAUUAUGGACGUGGUACUAUGGAGCAUGGUUUUCGUGUAAAAUAUUGUAAUGAACGCACGAAAAUUGCCAUAAUACGUUGUCUACACCGUUCACAUCGCACGGUGACGAGCACGCUUCCAUUAAUAACGAUGAUCGGUGAUGUGCGUGCGAAAUUCCAUACACUCUACGUCGGUGCUACCAUCAUACAUUGCAACAAAUUUAUAAUAAGGCAUCAGCAAAGUUUUCUAAAUGAAAUGGUGGGUCAAAUCGCGUCCGCGAAGGAACGUAAGGACUUCAUCAAACGUGUUAUGGAAUUUGAUCUGGAGCAAUAGCAAUACUGAUGGCAUUUCAUUUUUAUCAUAGAAUAAAUAGAUUUAAAUUUUUAAA